AUGUCUGGUAAGCAUACUGAGCACAUACCCAUGCAACCUGUCGUCCUGUCUAUGGAAGUCGACGAUGACGAUGCUUUCGAAAGCGAAUACCGACUACGCAUCGGAAACCAAGUCAGAUAUCUGAUCAUCUCCCCUGGCACUUUUGACAGAGACACGCUUUCAUUCCCGGUUGGCUCGCUCCCUCCUCUUCCCUACGAUGAGAAGUGGACCGUGGCCCGCAUCUCCCGCGACAAGACCACCCGCGACGUGACAUAUGCUCUCUCUGACCGCGCAAUGGCCGGCGUCCGCAAUCCAUGGCAUCCCGUCUCCAUCUCCUGCCUGAGUCUAGACAAGACCAAGCAGCUCACGGCCAUGGCUCUGGAAGCCGUACCGUGUUCGCGUGCUGCAGCCGAGCACGAUUCGCCGCUCACCGUCAUUGCCAAAAUCGCGCGUUUCGAGUGGGAGCUGCCCCGGAUCGAGCAGGAAACGAGAGCCUACCAGCUGCUCGAGGGCUCCGGACUGGCACCGCGCUUCCUCGGCCAUGUGCACGAGAAUGGACGCGUCAUGGGGUUUAUCCUGGAGAAGCUGGAGGGACGCCCUGCUUCCGUGGGCGAUCUGAGCAGCUGCGAAAGCGCCGUACAGAAGCUUCACGGGCUGGGUCUGCUGCAUGGGGACGUGAAUCGAUACAACUUUUUGGUGACGGAAGAAGGUGUGAAACUACUCGACUUUGAGAAUUCAAAGGAGCAUGCUAGUCCCGAGUCAAUGCGCAAGGAGCUGGAAACUUUACGUGCAGAAUUGACUGAUGAUUCGGGACGCGGGGGAGGGUUCAUGUUCACGGACGAUUACGGCGCCAAUCACAAAUGGAUUCGUAAAAACAUAUAUGGCUCUGGCAGCUGGCCAUGUCUUAGAUGGCUGGUAGAGUCGUACGAUGAUAUAUUUUUUGGCGCUAUGCGCGGUUCAUUCGCUGCGCUGGACACUUGCGGCGGAAGUAAAUUCUCAUCAACUGACCCCGAAGCAUAA